AAAAUAAAUCACACGUUUUCAACUGCACUUUGCUUCUGAAUGUCUACAAAAACUUCUAAAUAUUUCUGGUCAUCUACAUCGCAUUGUAUAAUUUUUUGGGAUAUAAUCAUUUCAAAGUCAAGUUUUUUAUUACAAAAUAAUUGUUUGUGAUUAACCGUCAAUAAGUUAUGCUUUAGUUAUAUUAUUUAUAAAAUUUAACUGUUGCUUUAAAUGUGUUGAUUCAACUAUACUUUAAGCGCUUGAAUUUGGAAUAAAGCCAUCUGAACGUAGCGCUAUCCUGACAUAGCAUCGGUGCCGUUUGACUACUCAUAACAGUACCACAAAAUUAAUCAGUUUGAUGUUGCAGCUUGCGAUGAAAAAAAUGAAAUUAAAUAAAUUUUAUUCGUUCCUAAUUAUUGUUUGUACAUGUACCAUAAUAUCAACAACAGCGGCGGUGCAGAAUAUUAAAAUUGGUGCCAUAUUUCAUAAAGGGGAUGAAGAUUUAAUCUUAGCGUUUGAUGAAGCUCUAAGAGAUCUAGAUAAUGAACAAAAUAAAAUAUUUAACCUAAAAGCUGUUAAAAAAAUUAAUAUUGAAUUUGAAAGUUUUAAGGUUGCUACUGUUGUGUGUGAACUACUUGCAGAUGGCGUUGCAGCAAUAUUUGGACCUAAAUUUGCUCAAACUCGUGACAUUGUAUCAAGUAUAGCAUCGCGUUUUAAUAUUCCUCAUAUUGAAUUUAGUUUCCGAGAAAUAAGUGAAAACGAUACAUCCGCAAACAGUAUUAACAUUUAUCCAAGCAGCAAGAUGUAUGGAAAAGUAAUAGCCAAAUCAGUUAAACAUAUGAAUUGGCAUUCUUUCACAUUUGUUUACCAAACUGAUGAAGCUUUAUCUCGUAUUCAAGAAACUUUAAAAAAUCAAGGUCGUCCAAACUAUCCAAUUACUAUAAGAGAACUGCAACCGCUAUAUAAAAUAAAUCUUUUAGCAUCAGAAAAAGAACGUGAUAAUAUAUAUGAAAGUCUUGUAAAAGAAAUAAAAUCAUCACAACAAUAUAGUUUACUACUAGAUGUAGAAAAUGAAAAUCUAUCCCAAUUACUUGACGUUAUGAACAAAAUGGACCUUAUGAGUGAUUACUUUAUGUGUCUGAUUACGGAUUUAGAUACUUCUAUGAUCGACGUGGGAAAGUUCAUUUCAAAAGAUUCAGUAGCGAAUAUAACACAAUUUCAAUUAAUCAAAGACAAAUCAUGUCAAAUGCAAGUCGAAGCUGCAUUGCUGUAUGAUUCCGUAUUCGCAUUUAAUGAUGCUAUAAGUAAUUCAUAUAAGGAUUAUGAUUCUAGUAGAAAUAUAAAAAAAAUCAUACCAAAACCUCUUUCAUGUACUGGGGAAGCAAAAUACGAAAUUGGAUUAAAUAUAACAAGAAAUUUUAUUAAGAAAACUAAAUUUGGGAAAAAAACCGGUUAUAUGUCUUUUACUGCAAAAGGAGAGCGCUUAUUUGAAUUGGACAUCAUUAAUAUUCAAGCAGGAAGAUCUGUAACUGUAGGAAAGUGGGAAAAAGAAGAUUUAAAAAUAAAUCGAGAUGAGAAAGAGAUUAAUAACACAUUGACCGAAGCAGCUAAGAGUAAGAUUUUUAAAGUGACUACUAGAGUUGGCCCUCCAUACGUGAUGUUGGCAGAAGAUGAAACAAAAGGAAGGUCUAUUGGUGAUAAAAAGUAUGAAGGAUACUGCAUUGAUCUUAUUGGAAAAAUUGAAGAACUGCUAGGAAUACGAUGUGAAUUUGAAAUAGUUCCUGAUGGUAAUUACGGGUCAGUGAACACUAUAACUAAACAAUGGAACGGCCUUAUUAAGCAAUUACUUGAAUUAAAAGCAGAUUUUGCCAUCUGUGAUUUGACAAUAACUUCUGAGCGGCAAAGUGCUGUAGAUUUUACAGCACCUUUUAUGAAUUUAGGAAUCAGUAUUCUAUUUAGUAAACCUGAAAAAGAAGUACCAAAAUUGUUUGCGUUUAUGUCUCCCCUUUCGACCGAAGUUUGGAUGUACAUGGCCACUGCCUAUUUGAUCGUGUCCUUAAUGUUAUUUUUUCAAGCAAGAGUUGCUCCAGGUGAAUGGACGAAUCCACAUCCUUGUAAUCCAAAACCAGACGAACUUGAAAAUAAUUUUACAUUAAUGAAUUCUAUGUGGUUAACAAUGGGAUCUCUUAUGCAACAAGGAAGCGAUAUUUUGCCGAGGACACCUUCUAUACGAAUGGUUGCAGGAAUGUGGUGGUUUUUUGUUUUAAUUAUGGUAUCCAGUUAUACUGCAAAUCUUGCUGCUUUUUUAACAGCAGUCAAAAUGGAAGAUUCUAUAAAUGAUGUUGAAGACUUAGCAAAACAAACAAAAAUAUCGUACGGUGCCCUUAGAGAUGGAUCAACUUAUUCAUUUUUCAAGAAUUCUAAUACGUCACUUUAUCAGCGUAUAUUCAAUACAAUGAGCGAUGCGAAACCAUCUGUUUUUACACAAACAAACGAUGAAGGCGUAGAUCGCGUUAUUAAAGGAAAAAGAAAAUAUGCCUUUUUUAUGGAAUCGACAUCUAUCGAAUACCAAAUUGAAAGGCAUUGUGAACUGCAAAUGGUUGGAUCAUUACUUGAUAAUAAAGGAUAUGGCAUAGCCAUGCCACCGAAUUCACCUUAUCGAACAAUGAUAAGUACGGCAAUUUUACACCUACAGGAGAAAGGAGAGUUACAACAACUGAAACAAAAAUGGUGGAAAGAAAUGGGUGGAGGUAAAUGCAAUGAAGAGACUGAUGAACCUACUAAUUCUAAUGAACUUGGAAUGUCUCAUGUAGCUGGUGUUUUUAUAGUCUUGUCAUUCGGAUGCGUAAUUUCAAUUCUAAUUGCAAUUAUAGAAUUUGUUUGGAACAUACGUAAAAUUGUAAUCGAAGAAAAGAUAACAUUUUUUGAAGCAUUAAUUGGAGAAUUAAAAUUUGUAAUAAACAUUCGUGCAGUCACAAAACCUGUUAAGAUUAAUAAGAGUAGCAGUAAAUCAUCUUAUGUUGAAGGGCAUAGUAUUGGAAAAUCAGAUUCGAUCAAAGAUUCCAUAAUUAGUUCAAUACAACAGCAUGACUAUAAAGAUACCAUAAGCGUCAGUAAACUGAGUCAAGAAAAUAAUACAAAUAAAAUGAUGACAUAGAUUUCAGUACAUUUGUGACAAUGACUGCAUUAUGUCAUUUUUAUUAAUAAAGAUAAUAUAAGGUUGUGAUGUUUGCAUAUUUUAUAAUUACUCAAUAACUAUUAAUUGCAAUAUAAUAAUAAAACUAU